AUGAAGAUCAAGGUGCUGUACUUUGCGUCGGCGCGGGAGGACGUCGGUCUGCGCGAGGAGAGUGUCCAGCUGCCGGACGAGAGCAACACUACGCUCGCGUCACUGCGCCGUCUGCUGGUUGACAAGUACCCGCACGUUGCGUCCAGCAUCGACCGCAUCACUUUCGCACUCAAUCUCGAGUACUCUGACGACGACAUGGCGCUGGCGGACGGAGACGAAGUGGCGCUGAUUCCUCCCAUCAGUGGCGGGUGA